AUGGUAUCAGGCACUUUCAAAGCCAUCUCUUGGCUGGCAGCGACAGCAGCUGCGAAAUGUACCAGCAGCAAACCAAACUUUGUCUUCAUCAUGACCGACGACCAAGACAUGCAUAUGAACUCUCUUGCGUAUCAACCGUCUGUCCAGAAACAUUUUGCAGAACAAGGCACAUGGUUUCAGAAGCACUUUUGCACAGUCUCUCAAUGCUGUCCUUCUAGGGUGUCUUUGCUAACUGGCAAGGCCGCACACAACACGAACGUCACGGAUGUUGUUGCUCCCUACGGUGGCUACACAAAAUUCAUCAGUCAGGGUCUCAAUGACAACUACCUACCAAUCUGGUUGCAGGGAGCUGGUUAUAAUACUUACUACACCGGAAAGCUCAUGAAUUCCCAUUCUGUCACUACAUAUAAUCAGCCAUUUGCCAAUGGCUGGAACGGGUCUGAGUUUCUAAUCGAUCCGAAUACUUAUGUGUACUAUAAUUCCUGCACGACGAGGAACAAGGGCCCUCCCACAUACCAUCCGGGAGAGUACUCAACCGACUUGAUCGCUUCCAAGGCGGUUGGGUUUCUUGAAGAGGCCAUUGCCGCAUCUGACCGACCAUUCUUUAUCGGCGUUACCCCAAUCGGACCCCAUGGAGAAGUCAUAGUAAACGGGACUGUACCCAGUUUCCGGGAUCCAGUGCCAGCCGUCCGUCACGAGAACCUUUUCCCGGGAGUCAAGGUACCGAGAACACCAAAUUUCAAUCCUGACGUUCCUGGAACUGCGAGCUACCUAAAGUUGAUGCCACAGCUGACACAGGACGAGGUGGACUUCAACGACGAGUUUUACAGAAAACGUCUCCAGGCCCUCCAAGCCGUAGACGACCUCGUAGAUACCAUCAUGACGCGGCUGGAGGCAUCCCCAGAAGUCAUGGCCAACACGUACAUAAUCUACACGGCCGACAAUGGCUACCACAUUUCACAGCACCGGCUUCCUCCCGGCAAAGCGUGUAAUAUCGAAGAAGACAUCAACAUUCCCUUUUUUAUCCGCGGCCCCGGCAUCGCCAAGGGCGCGGUCCAGACAUUCCCGACUACGCACACGGACAUCGUGCCGACAUUGUUCACCUUGGCCGGAAUCCCCUUACACGACGAUUUUGACGGGGAACCCAUCCCGGUUACGGACACAAUGCUGGCCGCCUCGGAGCCCAAGAGCGAGCACGUUAAUGUAGAGUUUUGGGGCACCAAUUUGCAAGAGGGACUUCUCUAUGCUGAUCGCAUGACUUAUACCAACAAUACCUACAAGCACGUGCGCGUCAUUGGUGAAGGAUACGACCUAGCAUUCGCCGUGUGGUGCACCAUGGACCAUGAGCUAUACGAUAUGAAGGCCGACCCCUUUCAAAUGAACAAUUUAUACGCUACAUCCGGCACCAUUGCCGGCUGGAACACGACGAGCUUGACGGCGCGCCUCAAUGGCCUCUUGCUCACCCUAAAGGCCUGCAAGGGCAAAGUGUGCACGCGGCCCUGGGAUACCCUGCAUCCACAGGGCGCCGUGAAAAAUCUAAAGGAUGCCAUGAACCCAGUCUAUGAUGACUUUUAUGAAAAUCAGCAGCAUGCAGUGACCUUUUCCGAGUGUGCACUUGGCCAAUUGCUCGAGUACGAAGGAGCUCUGGAGCCCGUUGCGUACAUGACGAAUGGGCAGAGGGACAUUCGCUGGGAGGAUUGGACGUAA